CUGCUUUUAACCAUCUCCCAAAGACCAAGAAGAAAAUGGCGAAAGUCGUCUUCUCGCCAUGGAAGGAUCAGUCCCAGUUAGUUGCCGUGCGCAACCAGUUCUAUCCCUCCCCAUCCCACGAUGGGCCGGACAUGCGGUCCAAGGCCUGCGCCACGGUUGAGUCGUGGAAGUUGCGCGGGAAUCUCCCCCAUCCAAUCGAAGCCACGGCGCUGCUGACCGACGCCAUUCUCCAUGAUGACUCUUUCAAAAACUCAAUCUUCUCUAUCCGAGCCACCUACGCUGCUGCUUUCUGUCGAUUCGUGACGGGCCUUGUGGACUCGAAACUGGCCGGCCCGCGGAAAACUAUGUUCCAGAGAGCCGUGGAUCUCGGAUUACCGGCCUCUUUCGUCGAACUGCGACACGAGGCCACCCAUCGUGAGCUGCCGUCGCUCAUUGUUCUGCGGAAUGCCGCCCAGCGGUCCCUCGAGUGGCUCUGGGAUUACUACUGGGCCAAGACGGACGUGAUCGCCGCGUUUGCGCCGAUGGCCGAUGUCGCGAACGGCGUUGCGGGCGAUGACUUGGACCCUGUCCAUGCUGCUGUUCGGUCGAGCUUGGAUCCGCUACUGAGGGAGGAGGAGUCGUCCGAGCCGCCGCAGAAGAAGAGGAAGGUCCAGCAGCGUUUGUCUUCGGUUGCGACGCAGCUGGUUGCGACAUGCAAGGAUUCCGAGCAGGGGGCGGUGGGGCUUUCCAGAGUUCUGCUCGAUGAGCCAAUCUUGGUUCCUGCUGGGAAAAAGGUGGAUGACUCCGUACCCGAGAGUUUUACAAAGUGGGAUCGCUUCCUGCAGACCAUUACCGAGGGAUAUCCGGCUUUCUUAACGGCACUGACGGAAGAAAUGAUUAAUAUUCUUGCUUUUACGGAAACAUCGGAGACCAAGAAUGAUGGUCGUUGCAAAGGGAUCUAUCUGUGGCUGGACCACAUUUUGAGGUCGACAGAAUGGGAGUCCCAGAGGCGGCUGCUCUCGCUUGCUUACAUAUCGGCCGUUUGCCAGGAGCAUACGAACCAAUGGACGGCAAAACUGAAGAAGCAGAUACCAAAGGAGAUUAAUGCGGUGCCCCAAUUACCAAAGAGUCUAUCACUCUCUGGCACAGACGAGUCUGUGUCGAACGCAGCAGGAACGAAUGAUGAUCUGAAUGAACUAAAGAAGUUUGGAUGGGAAACUGCAGAUGCAUGGAACAGCCGACCAUUAGGAGUGGUAAUGGCUAUAACAAUCCCACCAGUGCAACGGAUUAUCAACACCCCGCAUCUGCUCAGUCUAAUUACCAAUCCAUCGUCCAUGAGCUUCACAAGAGCCAUUCAAUCCUCCAUUGGAUCCAGCUUGAAAAACAGAUUCCCACUUGCUUCUACGCGUCUACCUAGACAAGCUGUCAGAGCCAUGCAUGUUCAAUCGAUUCCCAUGUGGACCGGGAAGGGCAACAACUAUGCCUACCUGGUGACUGAUGAGCCGACGAGGCAGUCUGUGAUCAUUGAUCCGGCGAAUCCGCCUGAGGUGAUCCCGGAGCUGGAGAAGCAGCUCCAGGCCGGAAAGAUCGACCUCACGGCCAUCGUCAACACUCACCACCACUGGGACCAUGCUGGCGGCAACAAUGAACUGCUAGACAAAUUCGGCAAACUGCCCGUCAUCGGAGGCAAGAACUGCCAGUCUGUCACGCAGACCCCGGCGCACGAGGAAUCAUUCAAGAUCGGCGAGCGCAUCUCCGUGAAGGCACUACACACUCCCUGCCAUACGCAAGAUAGCAUCUGCUAUUUCAUGCAGGAUGGAGAGCAGAAGGUGGUUUUCACCGGAGACACGCUGUUCAUUGGAGGAUGCGGCCGUUUCUUCGAAGGCACGGCCCCGGAAAUGCACAAGGCGUUGAACGAGACCCUCGCUUCUCUACCCGACGACACGAAGGUCUACCCCGGCCACGAGUACACCAAGGGCAAUGUGAAAUUCUGCAUCGCCGUGUCGCAAUCCGAACCGAUCAAGAAGCUGGAGGCGUUUGCGGAGCAGAAUAAGGAAACGCAGGGAAAAUUCACGAUUGGUGAUGAGAAGCUUCAUAACGUGUUCAUGAGGGUAAAUGACCCCGAGAUCCAGAAAAAGACUGGAAAGACAGAUCCCGUGGAGGUUAUGGCUGCGUUGCGGGAAAUGAAGAAUGCUAUGUAAGGUGGGCAUGAUGUUUUGGGCGUUGUUGGUGGGAAGUGUAGAGUAGGUAGGUAAACUGUAGUGGCACUUGCAGGAGCGUUGGAUCAUCGUUGUAUUAAGCUUAGUAACUAUGACUUGGCUUUCCAACG